AUGACCUCUCCUAUCACUCCCCUCCCCGUCUUCCUCUCCUACUUCGGCUGCAACGCUUCUCCAGCCGUCGUCUCAACUCCCGACAACCUCGUCACUGGCUACAACUACCUCCCUUCGUCCGCCCGAGGCCUCGCACACACCGUCGACGGUCAGGCGCCCCACUUCCCAGCAGCUUGCCCAAGCACCAGCAAACCAUGCCAUGCCUGCGAUCCGGCAUUGAGUCCGAGUCAACCAAGGACGAGCCUGCGCAGAGACGACGCAUGGAAGCUUUCAAGACCCGGACAGCAGCGCGAGUCAGGACAGACAUGCGGGAGUCAGAGCAUAGCAAUGGUAUGGGCGAGGGCGAGGAUGAGGAGAGACGGAGGAUGGGAGGAGGUGGAGGUGGUGAUAGUGGUGUGCUACCUUUUGGAUGGGAUGCGGAGGGGAUAA